AUGUAUUUCGCUCUUUUUCUACCUUUGCUUGUGCCCGUGGCGCAAGCUCAAUUACACACUCUCGCAGUAGCAGCUGUAAGUUUCCAUAGCCUCCAAAUAAUCACUCUUUGCUAAACGGAACUGUCUGUAGGGCGUGAAAAAUCUGGGAAGUGCUACGGAUAAUGGCGAAUUGACCGAUACGGCGCUGGUUGCUAUACUCUCAAACACGAGCGAAUUCGGCCAGACCACACCGGGAAACACGAUGAAGGAUUGUUCCCAGCUUAGUCGAAUUAUGCGUAAAAAACGUAUUGAUGCGAGUCGAUAGUGGGAUUCCAUCGAGUGCGAGCCUGAUAAGUUUACCUUUGAAAAGGGCGACGUGAUUGCCGACUUGGCCAAGAAGAACAAUUAGAUCUUGAGAUGUCAUACCUUGGUCUGGCACCAACAAUUACCCAAGUGGGUGACCGGUGGAACUUGGACGAAGGAAACUCUCACGACCGCGCUGCAAAAUCAUGUCACCAAUACAGUAAUACAUUAUAAGGGACAGUGCUACGCUUGGGAUAUCGUUAAUGAGGCUUUGGAGCAAGACGGUACCUUUCGCAAAUCAAUUUUCUUCAACACGAUUGGAGAGGAGUACAUCAAGAUUGGUUUUGAUGCGGCGGCAGCCGCUGAUCCAGAUGUGAAGUUGUACUACAACGAUUUCAACAUCGAGAACCCCGGGAAAAAGUCGACUGCGGCGUUGAAUAUUGCCAAAAGCUUGCAAACUUCCAAAACCAAGAUUGAUGGGAUGGGGGUCCAGGCACAUUUCAUUGUUGGAUCCACGCCCUCCAAGAAGGAUCAGAUAGCUACUUUGCAGUCUUACACAGCUCUUGGGCUUUAA